UUUUAUUUAUUUAUUUUUUCUUCCUGUCGUUAACGGCGGAACUUCAAUGAUUAACAAUCAUACGGCGGCGGUUAUUCAGUGCGGGAAAAAUCACGCAAAACUCCCCCGCCCUCCCCCGCUCAACGGAUAGUCUACAAAGGCUGCGUUUUGGCUGGUUAUCACCAGCAGUCAUGUGAUUGUAACGUAAAACCCCUAAACCGGAAAACACCGACGGACGACCCUCUCCGCCGCCAACGAAUGCUGCGUUUACGAGGAGCGCAGUCGGAGCUGCUGCGAGCGCAGAGGACGGACGAUCCUCCGGUAACAAACAAACAACGGCGACGCCGCCACAACUCCAGGGGUUCCCGCGCAGCUCAGGUUGAAGAAUGGAGUUGGCCAACCAUGGUCUUAUCCUGCUGCAACAGCUUAACGCUCAGAGGGAGUUUGGCUUCCUGUGCGACUGCACUGUGGCUAUAGGAGAUGUCUUCUUUAAAGCCCACAAAGCGGUCCUGGCAGCCUUCUCCAACUACUUCCGAAUGCUCUUCAUCCACCAGGACAGUGACUGCGUGCGUCUUAAAGCGGCCGACAUACAGCCGGACAUCUUCAGCUACCUUCUGAACCUGAUGUACACCGGCAAGCUUGCGCCGCAGCUGAUUGAUCCCACGCGGCUGGAGCAGGGGGUCAGAUUCCUCCACGCCUACCCACUACUGCAGGAGGCCAGCCAGUCGGUGUACACCCACCCUGAUCAGAGCAUCAACCUCUCCACCUCCCUCUACGGCAUCCAGAUCUCUGACCAAAAGGGGGCGCUGUCCGCGAGGGCCCCCGCCCAGCGGCAGCUCUCCUCUCCCUUUGACGCGGAGCAGACUGGCUCCGAGGGCAAAGUCCCGUCCACGGCGGCGUCUUCCUUUGUGAACUUGUCGCCACCCAAGCAGGCCCCCUCGCCCUCUGAUGUAGGGGCUAUAACAAAGCCACUGACCGAGGAGGUGGCGAUGGACCUUCUGAGUGCGGACGGGUCCUCCGCCGCCGCCAUCCUUCACGUGAAACCCAGCAUAAUGAAGAGGAACUCGUCCUUCAGGAAGCAUUACUCCUGUCACGUCUGCAGGAGCAGGUUCACCCAAAGGAGUCUGCUGAGAGAGCACCUCCUGCAGCACAGCCAGGCUCUGCUGCAGUCGCCAGCAGAGCCCAGCAAGGUUCUGUCGCCCAUGGUGACCGGUGAGCACAGCAUGGUGGCGGAGGGCGUUAAGGAAAACAAGCCGGCGGCAACAGCCGUAGAGAUCAUCAGUGACAGCGAGCAAACUCCCGUCUCCGUCACCAACUCGGACUCUCCCCAAGCAGAGGUGUCCACGUCCACCUGGGGGGUGGGAGGGUUAAACUCUCAGGCAGACACUCCGCCGCCGUCCGACAUUGCUGACAUAGACAACCUUGAGAACGCCGAUCUGGACCGCGAGGUGAAGCGGCGGAAGUACGAGUGCUCCACCUGCGGCCGCAAGUUCAUUCAGAAGAGCCACUGGCGCGAGCACAUGUACAUUCACACGGGGAAGCCCUUCAAAUGCAGCGCCUGCGGCAAGAGCUUCUGCCGCGCCAACCAGGCGGCGCGCCACGUGUGCCUGAACCAGGGGGCCGACUCCUACACCAUGGUGGACCGGCAGAGCAUGGAGCUGUGCGCGGCCGGAGACGACAACAGCCAGAUGGAGGCCAUGUUUUUGGGUUCCUCCAAGCCUUACAAGUGUAACAUUUGCGCCACCACCUUUUCCAGCCCGAGCGAGGUCAUCAAACAUCUCUGCUUCGCUCAAGGGGGGCUCGCGGGGCUGCAGGCGAGCACGGGGGCGAGCAUGCUGCUGCAGCGGGAAGAACUUUCCAAAGAUGAAGGGUCCGACUUGUCCAACUCCGGCACCCCGGUAGAACCAAUCAAGACUGAGGAGAUCCUCGUAGAAUAGUGCCAAUACCUGUUUUUUUUUCCAUUCCUUCCAGUGUGUUUUUGUUAUCUAAAUUAUGGGAAAUAGGUGAAGUUAGUCAGGGUUUGUUCGUUUGAGGUUGUAUUUUAGAAUCUUCUCGUCUCUAGGAGUUUGAAGCUGUUAUGACCGUCUGCUUCAAAAAAGGAUUUGAGUUUGACUGAGCCUUUGUGACGAAGCUUCGCUAAGUUUGGCGGUGUGAAAGGAAAAGGAAGUCAGAGCGGUUAGGGGAGGGGCGGCGGCAUUUCUUGGCGUGAUGUGGAGGCUGCGUGGGGGGGGCUAAAAGCAAAAACAGGCAAAGCACAACCUCAUCUCGGUUUGCAUCAGUCCUCUCGUGGCGUUUUGCUCCAAGAAACGGAGAACGUUGACACAAAAUGACCAUUUCCUGUAUGGUUUCUCAGCUGCAGAGCAGUUCAACCCGUGUUGUGUGUCGUGCGCUUUGCAGGGUUAGGGUUCCUGUCUACUUCCUGUUACCCUUUCACAGCACGGCCUCCGACAGGCGGUCAUACCUAACAAGAGUCACUUGUUUUCGUGCCCCUUUGCCUCCCUUUAUAGCUAUUGUAAAACACCUCAAAGAUAUAAAUAAUUCCCUUAAAGAGAGGCUGUCCUGCAGACAUAUUUGAAAUAUAUAUAUACAUUUUGUUUCUUUAUGUUUGAUUUUGUCUGCUAUAUUUGUUAAAAAUUAAUGCAUCAUCCACAAAGAUGUAUAUGAUAGCUUACAAAUGUGUAGAGUAAUUAAAUUUAAAAUCAUAGACGUAAGUUAUGUCCGAAUUCCUCCUCCUACGCACUUUAUAGUGCGUUCGCCAUUUUCUAGUGCUGUCCGAAUCUAAAAAUUUCCCAAAAGUCUUUGCGAAAAACGAGCGCGCAUCGAUGCUAACUAGAUUAGCAAAUAUAGACCACAAUGCAUUACGGUCGAACAAUUUCAAACAAAAAAAAACGUGUUUAAGGUUGUGUGCGAAAUCCCUCCCCAACCCCUAACUACAAAAAAACUUAAUACUCCGGGACUGUAUAAUGCCCUGGAUUUUAAAGGUAUUUCGGACGCGAUGCUUAUUAUUUUUCUUUCGUUUUUCCAAACGCCGGAUAUGACGUCACCGAAUUAAUACGAACAUUUCACGACGUUUAUUUAUAACUCCACCGUGUUAAAAUCUUGAUGGUUUGUAUAAAAAAAUACAUUCAAACACUUUUUUGUUUUAAAUUGUUCGAAAGCAAUGCAUUUUUGUCUAUAUUCGCUAAUCAUCGAUGCAUGCUAGCUUUUCGCAAAGACUUCUGGGAAAUUUUAGUGCACUCAAUUUUGGAAUUAUUCGGACAGCAAGAGAAAAUGGCGAACGCACUACAAAGUAAGUAGGGGGGAAUUCGGAUAUAGCUGGUAGAUUCUCUCCGGCCAAGUUCAUGCUAACUGCAUCCAUCCUGUUUUUAAAAGGGAAAUUAGCAUUUUAAUGUAUUAUUUUAGACAAACCUGGUGUGUUUGUGGUCAAAUUUGUUUUGCCUAAUACUGUCCACAUUCAUAAUUAUGCUAAUUAAUAACUAAAAAACCUGCAGAAAAUCGUUAGUGUUCAGAUUGUAGAUAAGAAUUUCAGAUGUAAAGAAUAACAGGCAGAUCCGUUUGUUUUAUUAGAAAAUAAAAGCUGCAAAAUCGACGAUAAAAUGUCACUCGUACUACUGAGCACUGGAAAUGACAUAUUUGCAGGUGUAAAUGUGAAGCUUAUUUGUUUUUACAUUUUGUAGGAAGUGCCAUAAAGGUGUCGGCUAAAUGAUGAUGUUUUAGUUAUUUUACUUAUUAUUUGUUAAGAGUGGAUGCUGAUGUGAGGUUAGUCAAGGUGGCGCUACAAAGUUCUCAAGUUUACUGUUUUUCAGUAAUUUCCCCCCCUUUUUGACUGCUUUACUCCAGAAUUAUUCAUUUUAGGAAGCUCAAACACAUCUUUUUUUGUUUUCUUACACUGAAACUGCGGAUUGUUUUUAAUCAUAACACAAAAAGUUAUGUGCAUUUGUUGUAAAAGCAAAAAGGAAAGCUUUAUUGAGUCAUCGUCAUAUUACAAAACGACAGUUAAAGGGUUAACCACCAAUAUAUCUAAUGUUCAUGUUGCUUAUGUACUACUUUGGCUGCAGAGAUUUCAAGUUUUUUAUUAUUAUUUUUUUUUAGGAAUAAUUUUGAUGCAGUGUACCUAGUUUGUGGCUAGAUGGAGCUGGUUUGCCUUUCUUGCCCAUUCAGUGAAAUGUGACAACAAAUGCCAAUUCAACUUUAUACAUCUAUAGGCAAAUCUCUAAUAAAUCCUUCAGAUUAAAGUGUUACAAGACUAUAAUCCCACCUUUAACAGGUUGAACAGUGUGUCAGAAACAUACAAUUUAAAGUUAAAUGUGUUUUUAGGUCAACAUUUAUUCCUAUCUGGUUUUUCUGUGACUGAUCUGCAUUCUCAGGAGUAUUUUUGGCCACAUAAAAAUGCUUCAGCAGUGAAGAACAAACAAUAAAAAUGUGUUUUUUUAUUAAUUUAUUUGCCUCUUUUUUAUUAAAAUAAAACAGCACUUUGGAGUACGUCAUAUAUGAUUUUGAUCAAACUGUUUAAAAAUUAAUAGUUUUAGAAUGCAUAAACAAGAGAGGAUUUCUAUACAUCUUUUUGAACUUCAUAUACACUAAAAAGUGAAACAUUAUUUUUUUUAUUGAAUUUAAUUAAGUUGAGUAAAUCAUCAAGUUAAUAAUUUUAUUGAUGAAAACUAACAAUUUUAAUUACAGAACUUUAAUCAAAGUGAUCCCUUUUUUCAGUGUAUGACACAACUAUAGAUUUAUAUGCAAAAAGAACUACGAAAAAAUAUAUCUUAAAUUAAAAAAACGGUUUAACGCUGCAAAAACAGACCCCUAAAGAAUAAUUUAAAAAUUCUUACAUAAAAAAAAAAAAAAAAAAAAA